UCUGACCCUGUGAGUAAAUUCAUCCUUCUUGGAUUCCCUUGUACCUGGGAGAUUCAGAUCCUUCUCUUCUCAGUCUUCUCUAUGAUCUACGGACUGACGCUAAUUGGAAAUUUUUGCAUUAUCUGUGCUGUGUGGAUGGACCAUCAUCUUCACAACCCCAUGUACAUCCUGCUGGCCAAUUUUUCUUUCCUGGAGAUCUGGUAUGUCACAUCUACUGUCCCCAAUAUGUUAGCCAACUUUCUGUCUGACAUUAACACCAUCUCCUUCUCUGGCUGCUUCCUCCAGUUCUACUUCUUUUUCUCCAUGGGCACCACAGAGACCUUCUUCUUGUCUGUCAUGGCCUUCGACAGGUACCUCGCUAUCUGUAGGCCCCUGCAUUACACCACCAUCAUGACAGUCCGACGCUGCAUCAGAAUGGGAGCUUGCUGCUGGAUUGGUGGCUUCUCCUGUUUUCUCCUCCCAGUUUAUCUCAUCUCCCAGCUUCCUUUUUGUGGCCCCAACAUUAUUGAUCACUUCUUAUGUGACCCAGGGCCUCUUUUGAAGUUGUCCUGUGAGCCCGCUUCUACCACUGAAGCCAUUUGUGCCAUAUUUAACUCAGUCCUGAUUUUCUCCACAUUCCUCUUCAUUACCAGCUCCUAUACCUCAGUGAUUAGAGCUGUGUUCAGGGUGCCCUCGGUGGAAGGCCGGAGGAAGGCUUUCUCUACCUGUGGCUCCCAUCUGGCUGUAGUGUCCCUGUUCUAUGGCUCCAUCAUGGUGAUGUAUGUGAGCCCUACAGCAGGCAAUCCGGCAGGGAUCCAGAAAAUUGUAACUCUGUUUUAUUCUGUAUUGACUCCACUUUUCAACCCCUUGAUCUAUAGCCUCCGGAAUAAGGAAAUGAAGAAGGCCAUAAGAAAGCUGUUUAGUAUUGUGAGAGUUGGUCAACAGCAGUUUUUCAAGAGCUAG